AUGCAUCCCUAUCAUGUCUAUCAUAGCAGCACUAUGCGAUGAAUUCGAAUCAAAAUAGUAUCUUUAGACGUAUAUAUCGACAGGUUGAGGAUAAGUGCGAAAUCCGAAUUAUAAAAGUCUUGAUACUUCUGCAGUGAUCCGAUUGCUCGGACGACGUGAGGUCAUGGUUUACUUGUCACUACAAAGGGUCCUCUCCAGCCAAUCAUCUUCAACCUAGCGUCCCUGACAGCAGUUGGCCUUGACGCGACUGAUCAGUUGUCAAUCUUGUCGCUGGACGACUUUGUCGGCGAUGCGGUCGCAGACAGUUUCAGACGUUCAAUUGGGACAGGCCGUCCUUGAAUCUGUCAGGGAUGGCUCCUAUCCUGACUCCGAGGCUGUCAUCUCCGCCGAGCUGCCAACCAGUGCUUUACCUGUUAUUAUAGAUCUCCUCGAGACAGCACGCCAAGAUGUCAAGCGUGAUAUCCAAGUGCUCAGCAGGGAGAUUGCUCCGGACGUUGACGGCUGGAUUUCCCAAGCACGCCAACUUCGCAACGACAUCGACAGAUCCGAAGCCGAAGCUCGUGAAAUAGUCAAAGAGUCCGAAAACGGUCGACCUCUCCAGGGACGUCACAAGGAUGCGUCUUCCAAGGUGGACUUCCUCAAGGAUGAAGUCUAUUUCAGCGAAACUCUCGUCGCAACCUUACAAUCUCUCCAACGAAUACAGUCUACUCUCGACUCGGUGCAAGAGGCGACGUUUCGCGAAGAUUAUCCACAAUCAAUUGAGCUUUUGGAAGAUGGAGAGCGCCAGCUUUCCCAAUCAUGGGCGUCCGAGAACACGUUUGCCGUCGAAUUGCUCAGCAAUCGAGCUGUGAACCUACGGAAAUCCUUGGUGCAACAAGUAGAUCAAUGCUGGGAGGAGUUGAUUAACGUGGAUAAAAUUCGCCAGAGUCUUUGCAUCGUCAAGGAAAUAAAUCGAGGCUCAGCAUCGAUAAAUAUUGAAACGCUUACAGCUGCAUUGGACAAGCUUGGGCUGCUUCAAUCACGCAUAGAUUCAUGCCACAAAUCACUUGACCAAUCCAUCAUCUCCCCUCUUCUGGCCAAAGAUGGAAAGGAAGGGCAUGCAACUCUGACAAUUCGCGAUAAUAGUGUUCAGGUUGAAAAAGGAGGAGGUGAUAGGGGUGUGAGUGACAAACUCGAAGAUCUCAAGUCGGUAUUCGGAUUCUUGAAUACUCAUCUGCCAUCAUCGGUGUCCUUGGCAUUAUCCGAGACUCUCAUGCCAAGUCUCAGCUCCCGCCUCAUCGAUACGUGGUUAAUAUCAUCCGUGCCAUCGUCCUUGCGCGGACUCGAGGAAUACGAAGAGGUUCUGAAACAGGUUCAGCUCUUUGUUGAUUUUAUUCGUUUCCUAGGGUGGAAGGGAGAAGAGCCGUUGGCUGAAUGGGCAAGCCGAGCUCCUCGCGUCUGGAUAACGAAACGGCGGGAAGGUGCAUUAUUAACUGUGAGAGAGCUCCUACUAAAGGGAGCUUGGGACACGAAAACGGUGGAAAGGGUCGAGACACAAGUUUUUGCUCCAGAAUUUGCGAACGCACAAGGACAAAAUGGCGGACAGGAUGACUGGAAUGCAGGCUGGUCCGAUGAUGACAACGAGCCAAAUGCAGAUCAUCCCUCAACAGCCGCAAAUGGGGACGAAGAGGAAGACGUUAGCGCUUGGGGCUUGGAUGAGCCAACAGAUGAGAGCAGACAAGAGAAAGGAGCACGAAAACCUGCGCAAGAGCAAGGUGAUGAUGAUAUUGAGGACGCAUGGGGAUGGGGCGAGGAUGAUGAUGGCAGUGAGCAAUCAGAGCUUCCUAAACUAGACGAGUUGCCACACUCAGCGCAGGUCCACCAAGACAAAGAAAAAAGGCCAGAAAAAGAGAUUACCCUGAAGGAAGCAUAUACAAUCACGACCGUACCAGAGGCUAUCCUGGAAAAAAUUCAAAGCUCUGUCUUCGACGGUAACACACUUAUGCAACCAAGUCAUUCUCAAUCGCCAGUAGCACCUGCAGCGGCAGGUCUCUUCACACUUCCAACACUUAUCCUAGCCAUGUAUCGUGCUUGUGCUCCAUCAUUCUAUUCUUCCAGUCCUAGUGGACUCAUGUUUGCAUACAACGACAGCAUGUGGGUCACAGAACAAUUGCGCAAACUCGUCCAAGAACAGUCUGAAAAAUUUGAAGCAUCGCCAACCACAACAAGGAAAUUGACGCUUGACGGCGAAAUUUCCCUUCUCGAGAGUUAUGCCAAGCGAGCAUACAGCGGAGAGAUGGAAUCUCAGCGUCGGAUACUAGGCGAUAUGCUCGAUGGCGCUCAGGGGUUCGCCAAUUGUACGGUGCAGCCGUUUGCAGGGCAGUGUCACACAGCAGUACAAUCCACAGUCGACUUAAUCAGAGGAAUUGAGCGGCAAUGGAAAGGUAUCCUGUCACGCUCCGCAUUGCUGCAGUCAAUCGGGUCGCUCCUCUCAACUGUCAUUAGCAAAUUCAUUGUCGACAUUGAAGACAUGAGUGAUAUAUCAGAACCAGAAUCACAGCGUUUGGUCUCCUUUUGCAACGAGAUUUCAAAGCUCGAGGACCUUUUCUUGCCGGAGCAACCAAAAAGUGGAGCAACUGACGUGGGUGAGCAAGAAGCUGUACCACUGACGGCAGUCUACACGCCUAAUUGGCUCAAAUUUCAAUACCUCAUCAAUAUUCUGGAAAGCUCGCUGGUAGAUAUCAAGUAUCUUUGGACCGAGGGAGAAUUGAGGCUCGAGUUUGGGCCAGAGGAGGUUAUUGAUUUGAUUGAAGCACUUUUCGCAGAUUCGGAUCACCGAAGGCGAGCUAUAGGGGACGUAAGGCGGAGCUCUCACGGUCGAUAGUAUACCAAUAUUCAUUGUUUUCUGUUUAUCAUCGCUUGGGAGUAUGGAUUAAUUAUGUGGGUUGAAUGGAUCAGGAGUUAUAUGCAAACAUCAAGUAAGCUUAGAAAGAAUAGUAAUAAUAUCUCAAUGGGCUCGAAGGAGAAACGAGGUCUGUCACGGUUUCAUACAUCGUCAACUGCACCAGCAUUGUGCCUUGAUCAGUCCAGGAUUUUAUUGUUCUACUCUUCGAUUCAG